AUGUAUCCCCCCCCCCCUCCCCCUUUUUUCUCAAUGGCUAAUAACCUCUCUUUAUGUCUCGUAGGAGCCAUGGAUCGUCUCUGGUUUCAACAGAUUAUUCUUGUCCCAGACCCCUUUUCACCAUAUUUCCCCCUCGAACCAAAGCAGCCCCUCUCAGAAUCUACCACUACAAGCUCAUCAUCUUCAAGCCUCUCUUUAUCAUCUGUUGCAGACCAAGAAAAACCAGCGCUGGAUGAUCCUAAAAAAGAGGAAAAACAAUUGAAGAAAAGAUCAAGAAGAGGGAACCUUAGUCGUUCACAUUCUCCAUCUCAAUCGACUCAUAAACAUCAGAGGAUUAACCAUCAAUGCAAACUGCAAAAAUCCACGAGUUGUAGGAGCUUGAAAGACUUGGAACUGGAAGAAGUAAAAGGGUUCAUGGAUCUUGGAUUUGUAUUCACAAAAGAGCACUUGAACGCCAGGAUGAUUAGUGUUAUCCCCGGCUUGCUCAGACUUGGAUUUUCCAGAACUAAACGGAUCCAUAAUGAAGUCAAUGUUGAUGCUGACCAACUAUCUAAAGACGAUGAUAUUGAACAAGAAGAGAAGAGAGGUGUUAUAAGACCAUAUUUAUCAGAAGCUUGGCUGAUUAAAAGACCCGAUUCUCCUUUGCUGAAUCUAAGAGUACCAAGGGUCUCUGCUGCUGCUGAUAUGAAGAAACAUCUCAAGUUUUGGGCUAGAACUGUUGCAUAUGUAGUUCAACAAGAUUCAUAAAAUAAGAGAGCAGAUCCCAACUUCGAACCUAAAUCUACCAAACAACUAGGUCUAUAGCUAGCUGCAACUGUAAAAAGAGGAGUUUGUAAUAAAAAAAAGUCAUAAAAGAUAGUGUACUCUAAAUAAAAGAUGAGCCAAAAGCUCUUUUUGUCACCA